GUUUGUUGUUUUUAUAACGUUUGCGAAUUUGCAAGAAGUCUUUCCUCUCGACACGGAACCAUUCUUCAGAAAAGGAAGACGGUGGACGAAGGGGGGCAUUUUAACCUGCUUCUACAAAGUUCCGCUUCCAGCAUUUUCUGUGCACGGCGCAUAAACGCAGGAGCACCGCUACAGAGAGCCAGCAGCAGCUAGAGGCUUCUAGAAACAACGUGCACCGGGACAGUCACCGGCAAACACACCCGUUCCCUGCACUGAACGUUACACGUUAUAACCCUUAUUAUCAUUUAUCUGGCUAAAUGGCGAAGUGGGGAGAAGGGGACCCUCGCUGGAUCGUGGAAGAGAGAGCCGAUGCGACGAAUGUCAACAACUGGCACUGGACUGAACGAGACGCGACAAACUGGUCUUCGGACAAAUUAAAAUCAUUGCUCCUCGGCUUGAGCGUGGAGAAUGAAGAGGGGAAGUGUGAGGUGACAGAAGUCAGCAAGUUGGAGGGAGAGGCCUCGAUCAACAACCGCAAAGGGAAACUUAUUUUCUUUUAUGAAUGGAACCUGAAAGCUACUUGGACUGGGAAGUCAAAAUCAGGAGUCAAAUAUAAAGGAACAAUUGAAGUUCCAAACCUGUCUGAUGAAAACAACAUGGAGGAUCUUGAUAUUUCUGUAUCUCUGAACAAAGAUGAACCAGACACGCCGCUCACCAACCUGAUGAAAACAAAAGGAUCUGACAAAGUCCGUGAAGCCCUGGGAAGCUACGUGGGGUUCUUAAAAACAGAGUUCACACAGGGAAUGAUCCUGCCUACAGCCAACGGUGUGGCCAAGCUGCAGUCCACAUCACAGUCUAAAGCCAAGAUGGAUAAAACUCAGAUUUCCUCCUCAGGCAGCACAGCUGCUCCAGUCAACACGGGCGUCAAGAUCCCAACCUGUAAAUUCAGCAUGAAAGAGGUGUUCCUCACUUCACCAGCUGAUCUCUACAGGGUCUUCCUCAACCAGGAGAUGGUCCAGGCGUUCACACGUGCUCCAGCCACAGUGGACGGAGAGAAGGGCGGAAGGUUCCGUCUGUUAGAUGGAAAUGUUUUGGGUGAAUUCACAGAGCUGGUACCUGAUGAGAAAAUAGUUAUGAAGUGGAGGUAUAACAACUGGCCCUGUGAACAUUACUCCACGAUCACCAUGACCUUCUUGGACCGGAGCAACGAGACAGAGCUGAAGAUGGAGUGUCGGGGCGUCCCGGAAAAUGAUGAGGAGCGGACGAAAGAGGGCUGGAAGAAAUACUACUUUGAACCUAUUAAACAGACUUUUGGCUACGGAGCGAGACUCUUCUGAAGACGUGUACUGUAGUCCUGUUUUUGUUUUCUGUUUUUGGAUUUUUAAGCUUCUUGUCCUUCGAGCUCUGGCACAAGACGUCCCAUUGUAAACUCAUGAGUUAAUGAAAGAGGUGAAAUAGGUGAGGCCAAUGUGUCACCUGUGUCUGUGUAAAUGUUUUAAUUUCUCAACAUAUUUAAAUCUAGAUUUCUUUCCCCUUCAGUAUUUGGGUCAGUUGUUGAAAGGAGUGCAAAUGGACUGUGCCUUUGGGACGCUGGAUGAAAAAUGGUUGGAAUAGAGCAAAGGAGAAGUCAUCGAACCACUAAUGCAAAUUGGCCUCAACUUCUAUAAAUAUAUAAUUAUUGAAAGAGUUAAAGAUAAAUGUUGGUUUUCUUUUAUUUGAAAAUGAGUUGCUUUGAACAUGAAUGUUUAUUUUUUACUUAUUUUUCUUCUUUUCAAGUGUAACUGUAGUGAAGAUACUUUCAGCCAAGAUGCAUGUUUCAUUUCAGACGAGACAGAGGAACAACCACUGGAUUCGAACCUUACUCGUGAAGUCUUACAGCUGAGCAGUGUUGUGCUUUCAGUUGUGUUCUUGAGACUUGAUUUCAUGGACAUUACGAGCCCGGCGUCUGUCUGGGUGACCAGAUCAGCUCGGACCUUCAGCAGGAACAUUACUGCAAAUGUUUGUCAGUGUUGGAACAUGGAAACGGUUUCGAUUCCUUCUGCAGGUAGCUAGCUAGCAUAGCAACUAAAGAGAGACGUUUUGCUAUAUUUGGCUUCAAAAUGUAAAUUUCCAGUGAAAGGAAAAAAAAGCUUUUAGAACAAAAUGCAUCUAUUUAUUCUUCAUUUCAUCCCUCCACGAUGUAAAAAGAUUAGUUUCUUGGAAUAAACCAAUCCCCCGUA